AUGGAGACAACUUCUUGUUCCUUUGGGUGCCUCUGGGGGUCGGCGUCCCGAUGGGCGGGUUUUGUUGGGUUGCGGCGGCGAGAAGGGUCCGUUUGUCUGUCUGGAAUUUCGUGUUUUUCUGUGGCAUUGUUGGUGUUGAUUGUGGCUGCGUUGUUGUCGCCGCAAGUGGUUCUUGGCCAACAGAAGGAGGUCGCUACACCGACGUGCAACAGCGAGACGGGUCCACUGACCCUGCGUAUCCCCUUGGCUCAACAGAAUUAUGUCUCGUCAGUUACCAGCGAACCCGUGACGUUCAAAUGUGGUGCAGGCUUGACGUCCCUUGUUCCUGGAAAAAAGUCCAGUACCGGUUCGUUCACUGAGUUUUGUGUAGAUUCCGAAUGCACACGCACAGCCUCGCUGAGCAGUAUCAAUAUGACGCUGGCGGAGACCAGCAAGGCUGGGAAGUUAGGGCGGUUACCCCAGGAAACUACCGGGACCCCCGGAACUAGUGGGCGAAAGCUGUCAACCCAGGAUACUACCUACACGUUGACUCUUCAAGAGGUGCCUGAGAUGGGUCAGUCAGUGUACUUCAUGUGUAGCUCAAAUUCUUCUACAGAGAGGGAGGACACAAGCUCGCGGAACGAGGAUACAGAAAAGAGAUGCAUAGUUCAGAUAUCGGUAUGGGGACAAUCGGGCCCCGCGCUCGAGAACGACGGUAAGCUAGACCUACAUCCUGCCUGCUUCCAGGCUGUUACCAGUGAAUGCGGAUGCGUGCGUGUUUGUGUAUACCGCAGAUCUUGGCAGAUCACUGUGUGCAGCGAGGACAAAGAGAGUGUAUCUCUGCAGGUCAACGAGAGCGGCAGAAGUGUGGCAUUCGGGUGCGGACAGACGAGAGUAUUGUCUCCAGUCCUUUUUGACAAGGUGUUUCAGGUGUCUGACAAGGGACAGUUGACGGAGGUCAGCUUGUCCUCUGUGGUGUCGAAUUCUACGUUGAUUGAAGCCAGCGAUGACGCUGACAGCUUUUCAGAGACUCCAGCGUACGAGCUUACCGUUAAGGAGUUGCCAAAUGACGGCAACAAGCUGCUCCGCUACCAGUGUAGCCCAUCGGAAAGCUCCGCAAAACCGGUUAACAAAGAUUCAUCAGGCACUGACACAUCGACGACUAAGGUGUGCAAUGUUCUGAUCGAGGUGACGCAGUCCGGUUCAGUUGCCGGGGCCGCAGUCGGCGGUGCUACUUUGGCUGCGACGGUUUUAGGGUUUGUUUUGGCAUUUGUUCCAAGUGUCUUGAACUGA